AUGGACUUCUUCGAGGCAGAUAGUGAGUAUAGCAGUAGUUCUCUAGAUAAUGUAACGACCAUCAUGCCAUCUGAUGAUGCUUUCGACAUGUGGGCCUACGUAGACGCUCCUCCGACCAGGAAGAAGUCAAGCAGACAAAACCCUGGAGAAGGCAGUGGAGAGCCCUCCAGAAAAAGAGCUCGACCAGAGGACCCUCAAGCUCUUGCUCUGUCUAAAUCAACUACGCCUCCUCCUCCUCCUCUCACUGCUCCUUCCACCAACAAGCGUCGCGCCGAGGAGGUCGAUGCAAAACAUGCCAAGGAGAUCAAAGCCUGCGAGGAGAAGAUUAAGGCGGCUGAAGACAAAGUCACCAAUUUAACUGAGGAGCUGAAGAAGAGACAAGAAGAGCUUGGCAAAGUCGUUGCUGCCAAGGAGAAGUUUAAAGAAGCUUCAGAGACUAACUAUAAGGAAGCAUCCAAGCUUCAAGAAGAUCUAGAGGCUAGCAUGAAGGAGGCUACUAGUCUGGAGGAACAAAACAAUCCAGAGGCAAAUUUCGAUUAUCUUCCCGAGCAAAUGAGACAAGCUAAACUCGCGAAGUGCGCUGCUUGCCAAGAGGAGGAAAGGAAUGCCCAGAAUGCCUCAGAUUCUUCUAAAAUGUCUCUGGCGACAAGCAUUGAUGGUGUUGAAGAAGACGCUGGAACAUCAGUCGACCAGCAGUCUCAGCAAGACCCUCCUCCAGCUGCAUAG